CAAUAAACUUCUUAGCAAUCUUUUACAUUCAUUUUUUAAUGCUAAAUUAACUGUAUAAUCAAAGAAAUUAUUUUAUUAUUCACAAAUUAACCGUAUAAUAUGGAAGUCGGCAUCCCACUUACAAAUGAACUGGAAGUUCGUAUAUCAGAAGCAUUCUGCAUAUUUGACCAUCACGGCGAUAAAUACAUCGACACACGAAAUGUGGGAAAUGUGCUACGAUUUUUGGGCUGUGUUCCUUCGGAAAAGGAAAUAAACGAGAUUAUUGCAGCAACUGAAUCCGUGGAAAAUCCAGGUGAAACGCACUUGCCAAAAUUUAUGGCUCAUGUUUCCGUAUUGCUUAUGAAUCGGAAAAUGGAACCCGCAAGCCCGGAGAAACUGUUAAAAGCAUUCGAAACUUUGGAUCCUGAAAAUAAACGAUUUCUCACUAAAGAAUACUUUGGAAAACUAAUGGAGGAGGAAGCCGAGAAAUUCUCAAAAGCUGAAUUGGCCAAUAUGUGGCCAGUGGCAAUAGAUCCGAUCACAGGGAAUAUACCAUACCUAUUCUAUAUAAAUCAGCUAAAGCACAAAACCACAAUAUACGAUGUCGCCGAUGUAAUAAGGGAGGAGCUCGCUGCCAAUGAGAAAGAAAAGAAAAAGGAGCGUUCACCGAUGCCUCAAAUGUUUGGACUCUAGUAUAUAAAGGUAUAAAACAGAUGUAACAUUCAGUCUUGGAUAAAAAUUAUAUGUAA